GAAUAUUGGUGCGCAUGAAGAGAAAGAACGAGGGCUUAGCUAAUGAAAGAAGGAAUGAUGAACACAUUCCAGGCGCUGGCGCUGGCCGGAAGGAGCUAGGUCGAUUCGAUCGCUAGGGCGCAUUCAUUGCGCGGCACAGGUUUGUGAAGCCAAAUCUCGUGGUAUCGUUGCGCUCCAGGCAAGCAGGCGGCUCCAUCGGCAUGGGAUCGCGAUGAUCUUUGCUUGUUUCGAUGGAAUCCCGAGCGCGGGCACGUAUUUCGAGCGCUCCAGGCCGGAAUCCCUCCUCUUUUGGGAUCGCAAUGCGGGUAUCCAGCUGCGAGCUCUGGAAAUAUUGAAAGGCUGGGCAGUGAUUCUGUUCUUCCGGGAAGAAGGAAGGGGCGAGCUCGCCGAGCCAAGACAAUGGCGUUAGUUAGGUGGAUGUAACUGCUGCCUAGUUCCGGAAUGCGGCGCGCAACAAGAAUCGAGAGCUCUCGUCGUGAUCAUCCAGGCGCUCGGCUCCAAGCUGGAUUGAUUAUAAGGGGAUGGAAUCGCCAGAGUUUCAGUUCGACGUUUUCUCCGCGAAUGAUCAUCACUUCUCGCUGCGCGAUAGCGUUUCUUUCGUCGAUGGCAAUGCUGCUAGUGCUGCUGCGGCUUCGAGACGACACUCGCGAUCUAUGAGUGCGCCAGUGUAUCAACGCCCGUCUGGUGGUUGGGGGGAGGCUUUUCAAUACAAAGAGGUCUUUAUGCCGGAUAAAACAAGAGGGUGGAGCUACAUGCUGAAAAGGAGCGAUGUUGACACGAGAAUUAGCCAGCGAGCGAGCUUAGAGAAGGACGUUCAUGAGCUCCAGCUACAGCUUGAGAUUGAGAAAACUGUACGAAAGGUGCUGGAGAAGGCCUUAACAUCGCCCUGCUGUGAGCCACUAUCGUCUGGAGUUUUAAGUCCUCAGAUCACGGAGCUCAUCAAAGAGAUUUCAAGUCUCGAGUCAGAAGUGGUUCACUUGGAGAAGCACGUACUCUCACUGUACCGGAAAGUGUUCGACAGCAAAGGGACUCCACAAGAUGCCGGCGUUCCAAUGCGUCUGCUGUCGUCGAGCGACCAUCAACAUAACGUCAGCGUCCGACACAGGCCAAGGAGAGCUUAUUCUUUCCAGCAUAGACGACAUGCUUCCCAGGGCUGCCAAUCUCUACAAGAUGCUGCCUCAUAUGCGCAUUCGAAAACAAGGCAUGCGUCGCUCCUUGGCGGGAAGUUCCGCAUUGCGGAGGAGCAGGAAAACGAAACUCGGGUGUAUUCUUCCGAAUUUGAUGUUCCGAGUCCGCGGGGCUGGGCCUUGGCGUGUGAUACUCAUACGCCGCUGCAAGGCGCAGCACCAGAUCGCAACUUAACGGAAUUCUACGAUUCUCCGAACAAACUGUCGGAACGAAUGGUGCGCUGUAUGGCUGCCAUUUACUGUAAACUAGCUGAUCCGCCGCUGCCAUCCACUGGAGAUGCAUUAUCUCCACCUUCUUCAUCGUCAAUGUCGUCAACGGGCACUUCUCGUGAUGUAUCCAGCGAAGGAUGGAGUCCGCUGUCCAAAGAAUCGGCGACUUGUUCAACGAGUAUGAUCGAAGUCCCCUGGAUUCGCGUGGACAAGGAGCGUUUGACUUACGCAGCACAGGCCUUGCGGAAUUUCAGAUCAAUGGUCGAGCAGCUUGAGAGCGUUCACCCGGGUGAAAUGAAGCAUGACGAAAAGCUGGCGUUUUGGAUAAAUAUCCAUAACGCGCUGGUGAUGCACGCAUACUUGGCAUAUGGAAUCCCGCGCAGUAAUCUUAAAAGGGCUUCUCUUUUGCAAAAGGCUGCGUAUAAAGUAGGUUCAUAUUCUAUAAACGCGUGUACCAUAGAGAAUUCGAUUCUUGGCUGCCGCUCUCAACGUCCAGCUCAGUGGCUUCAAACGCUUUUCGGACCCCUCACCAAGUUCAAAUCGGAAGAACGUCGAGCUUAUGCACUAAACACGCCAGAGCCACUGAUCUGUUUUGCGCUGUGCUCCGGAGGACGCUCCGAUCCGGCGGUGCGAGCUUACACUCCAAAGUCUGUCAAGACAGAGCUCGAGUCAGCCAAGAGAGACUUUCUACUCGCAAACAUCAGCACCAAAAACAGCAAAGUCCUGGCGCCAAAGCUGGUCGAGGCAUAUGCGCGCGACGCCGGGCUCUCCUCGAGCAAGCUCCUGGAUUGGAUCAUCCGCAACGCAUCUGACAAGCAGGCGAGGAACUUUCGGCAUGGAAAGUCGACGGGGCAGCGGCAGCGACACCUGGAAUGGAUCCCUUACGACUUUAACUUCGGCUACGUGUUUGUGAGGGAGCUGGCGACGACGACGAGAUAAGUGGUUUUCUUCUCCGAGUGAGUUCUUCACAGCAUAUUUAUUGGUUCUAACUCUGUGUAUAUUAACACCCCAAAGCGAAGUUUACAGCUUGAAAGAAAAA